AUGUCAAAUCACCACGAAGAUCAUGAAGAGCCAUCAAGAAGGCCGAAUCCAAAAGGUUGGGUACCUCCAAAAGCGCCUUACAACCCCUAUGAUCCCAUGGAUAUUCGUCCGCCCGAAGGGUAUCCUUCAGAAUUUCAAAUACCUGGUCAACAACCACAGGGAUUCUCAUCGAUUCCUAAACAGCCAACUCAAUAUCAAAAAGUGAAUGAAACAAUGGAGAGACUAAACUAUACUGCAAGACCAAUGUCUGAUUUAUACCCAAAUCAGUACAAAGUUUUACGUCGUGUUGACACUAACAAGAAGCUACAUUUGGGCUCAAGAUGGUUUGGGACAUUGAUUGGAGGAUCGGUUAUUUUCUAUUUCACUUUUUUCUACAGAUGGAAUGAAGGGAGAGAUAAUGUAUUUAGCGAUUUUUACCGCAGUCAGUUGUGGUUGAAAGAGAGGAUUUUGGGUGGAUUAAGUGAACAAGAAUACGAUGACUUGCAUUAUCCAAAACUAGGAUAUACUGUAUUGCAUAGUGUUAAGGAUGCUCAGUACAUACCUGACGAUUUGAGAAAGACACAGGAAGGUGAGUUUGUUCUCAACAGACCUAGUGAGAGACAUCUUCUUGAAGCUGAAAGGAUACAACAGGAGAAGGAAGAGCAAAUGUUGCGAGAGUUGGAUAUGCAUCGCCAAUAUGCAAAAGAGUUGACUAAAGAGUCAAAGAAGUCGAAAAAAUGGUUUGGUAUCUUCUAA